AUGUCUUCAUCUACGUCAUGUAUUAAAUGCUUCAUUUUAUCUCCAUUAAAAAUGCAAGUCAGAAAUAUUCAGAACAUAGCACCGAGUCUAACUGACAAGAGUAUAAAGAUAUACUAUGAACACGUUAUGAUGAAACCAACCAAAAUUCAAGAAAGUCAGUAUACUUAUGAAUAUCCAAGACACUGGGUAGAGUAUGUAGGAGGUGAGAAAGCUAUUGAAAUCAGACAGGUUCGAAGUAUUCCAGCAGGAAGAACAAUAUUAUUGAAGAACUUUAAUGUUUUGAGAUAUAAUGAUGAAACAAAGAAGCAAGAUAGUUUUCCUGUUGCUGUGUAUGUGAACUUAGAUACAGGAGAUGACAUGAAAGUUUUUAAUACAAAGCUUCAAACGGUAGUGAGAGAACAACUGACUGCGGAAGGACAUCCAUUACCUUCAGAAGUUACCAUAGCAUAUAAUUUUGAAACAAACUCAAUAGAUUUUAAAGUCAUCUCUGCAAAGAAGUCAGGUUUUACAUUUAAUGAAGCAGAUGUAUAUUCGAAUGAAAACUUCAAAGCUAUUGCAUGGUUAGAUAAUGACGAUUGCUUUAAGAAAAUAUUUAAAUACAGUGACUCAACGAUGUCAAUAGAUGACCUUCGUGGAAUGUUACCAUCGACGUUUACAGUAGAAGGUUCAGCAGGAUUGCUUACAAGAUUGUCAAUUGGUGGUAUUUGGUCUCGUGAGAACAUUGUUAUAAAAUCCAGUAUAAGUGAAUUUGCUGAAGAAUCUAUAUUAUGUCUUUCAAACUACAUGUAUUCGCCGCCGAAGCAUUAUAGUAUAACAAACUUUGUCAGUAAGUUUAACAUAAGACUUGUCGAACCUUCUUCAAUGAAAGAUGUUGUGCUACCUAAAGAUGGAAAGGAUGGACUCAUUAUUGAGAUGAUUUUAAUAGCAUAUUAA